AUGAUUUGUGAUUUAGUUGAUUAUACUCUAAGAACAACUCCAAAUAAAGGAAGACUUUCAUAGACAAACACAACAGCAUCCCCUAACAGUUCAAGUAAUUCUUCUUUUGAAGCAUCACAACUUAAAAUUCCAAGACCUUUGUUGAGUUUUGAUGAAAAAUUUGAAGCAUCUCUUUGUGCUUUUGGUAAUAGGUUUUUAAUCCAUUUUAGAGUUUAAAUUAUUAGUCCCUGAAGAAGAUGGCUUAAUAAAUUUUGAACAGUUCAGUUAAGAAUUGAUAUAAGACAAACUUAUAUUCUUGAAUGAUGAAAAAUAUUUAUAAUAGUAAUAGGCAUCUUUAGAGAUUGCUGAAGAGAAUGUAAAGACUUUAAUUAAAAAGCAUAGAUUCUUAAGGAUGAAAGAACUACUUUGAUGCUCAAAAAUAUACCUAGAAGCAUGAAGCCUAAUGACUUGAGAAAUAUUUUAAAUAAAGAAUUUCGUAAUCUCUAUGAUUUUUUCUAUUUACCAUUGGAUAAUAAUGUAUUUCUAAUUUUAUAAUUAAAGAAUGAAGGUCAUUUGGGAUAUGCUUUUGUUAAUUUUAUCAAUCAGGAUAUAGUAUUAAGGUUUUAUAGAACAUUUAAUAAUUAAAAAUGGACUAAUACAGAGAAAGUAUUUCUAAUUUUAUUAAUUUCUAGUAAAUUUGUCAAUUGAAAUAUGCUAAAUUAUAAGGAAGAAGGUAAUAUGAAUUUGCAAGAUGA